GCAACAAAAUAGCGCGGAGAGCUUGUGGAGAACCUGAAAUUCCGACUGAGGCGAGGACAUCACGCUUUCUGCACCUAGUCUGCGUUUUUGGUCGUUGGAUAAUAACGUACGGACAGUUUUCCUCACCUCAAGAGCUUUUAAAGCGUCCACGCAGGAGAUUUUACACGCGAAGCGAGGCCCCUUAUGGACUAAAAUACAGGGACAGUGCGGACACUUCCCCCGGACUGCGAGCGAGCCAGAGCCCCGUGCAAUGUCCAGCACAAGCGGUCGAGGAAAUCUGCAGGAAUAUAGAUCUCAAAGCCGCUGUUGUGACAGAUUGCCUAUAAUGUGGAAGACUUGCGCAGAGCUGUGUAAACCUGAGGCUGUCAAAAUGCUAGUUAGAUCCGACGCAAGUGGGCAUGGGGGUCUUAAUCAACUAGGCGGCAUGUUUGUGAACGGACGCCCGCUCCCGGAGGUCAUCCGGCAGCGCAUCGUGGACAUGGCUCACCAGGGUGUACGCCCCUGCGACAUCUCCCGCCAGCUCCGUGUGAGCCACGGCUGUGUCAGCAAAAUCUUGGGCAGAUAUUAUGAGACCGGGAGUAUAAAACCUGGAGUGAUCGGGGGCUCAAAACCGAAGGUGGCUACUCCAAAAGUGGUGGAGAAGAUAGCAGAGUACAAGCGACAGAAUCCCACCAUGUUUGCCUGGGAGAUCAGAGACAGGCUCCUGGCAGAGGGAGUGUGUGACAGUGAUACAGUGCCCAGCGUGAGCUCCAUCAACAGGAUCAUCCGAACAAAGGUGCAGCAGCCAUUUAACGUACCCCUGGACAGCAAAAGCCUGAGCCCAGGCCACACACUAAUUCCAAGUUCAGCAGUCACACCUCCCGAGUCGCCUCAGUCUGACUCUUUGGGAUCCACCUACUCCAUCAACGGCCUGCUGGGCAUUCCACAGGCCAGCUCAGAAGGCAAGAGGAGUCAUGAUGACAGUGACCAGGAGAGCUGUCGGCACAGUGUGGACUCCCAGGGCAGUGGAGGCGGGCCAAGGAAGCAGUUGAGGCCUGAACACUUCCCCUCCCAGCACCUAGAAUGCGGCUUUGAGCGGCACCACUACACCUCAGACACUUUCAGCCCCACUGUGCCCGGCAAGAGCGAGCAGUCCUUGUAUCCUCUCUCUCUCCUCAACGGCAGUCUAGAGGAGGGCAAGAGUGGUCUUCCGACAUCCAGCACCACCAUUGGCCGGAACCUAGCAACACACCAAGGCUACACAGUGGUCACAGACCCCCUCCAGCCCCUUCCCAUCUGCCUGAAACAGGAAAUGUCACCCGAGGGGGCCAGCUCGAGUCCCUCCCCCAACAUUAUCGCCAACUCAUCCUUCUUGGAUAUGGGCUCUAUUUCGGCUCCGUCGCCGGUGUCUGUGGGUAACAGUUGCAGCAGCUCCACGCAUUUCUCUCACGCCUUCAACUCAUUCUCCCAUCACACGCCAGUGUACGGCCAGUUCAGCAGCCAGUCUCUCAUUACAGGACGAGAUAUGGUGAGCUCCACUCUCCCUGGAUAUCCUCCACACAUUCCCUCAGCAGGUCAAACAGGUUACUCAUCUUCCGCCAUCACAGGAAUGGUAGCAGGUGCAGAGUACUCAGGCCAAACUUAUACACACUCACCCUACACAUCUUACAGUGACGCGUGGCGAUUCACCAACUCCAGCAUACUGGGAUCUCCAUAUUACUACAGCUCCGCACCCCGCUCGGCCCCGCCUUCCACCGCUGCGUACGACCACCUCUAGUGUCACACGGGCACUGUGGACAAAAAACUGGAUGGACAUGAGGAGAAAAAGGGACCUUUUCUCACUCGUCUUCUCCUUCACCUACAGAGGGAAAUCAAGAGGAAAAAUUAAAGGAUAUAAAGGAAGCGAAGAAGACCCCUGAAGUCUUCAUGGACAUCACCUCUGGUUGUCGACGUCUGUUGGUUUGAUUAUUUAUUCACGUCGUUGAACAGCCUCAACAAACUUACUGACCGCAGUUUACAUCCUCCAUUUAACCAGCUUUCAUACCUCGCCCCAGGUUUGGCUUUUAAAAGCCAUUUGAAUUUGCAUUCAUCAACUACGAGCAGCAGCCAAAGAUCACCUUACUGCACAACUUACUGUCCAACAGGAGCUCAUGACCUGUGGUACAUCCUCAGAACAGAAACGUGUAAUGUAGGGUUCGUAUGUUGUGUUCAUAAGCCUGUGAGGAUUUUUGAGCAAAAGACCUGCAGUUCAUCAUCAUCAUCAUCAUCAUCAUCAUCAUCAUCAUCAUCACCAUCACCACCAUCAUCAUCAUCAUCAUCAUCAUCAUAACCAGCAAAAUCCAGUGGUUAUAAAGCUGGCUCCUGGUCCCUCUGAAAUGAAAGAACAUUACACACCACAAACUAUGUGUUUGCUAUUUGGGCCCAUAAUGUAAAUAAUGUAGAAAAGGAAAACCCUUAUUGAAAAUACCCUUUUAUGCUACAAAAAUUAGGACUGAAUUUUAUGGAAACGAAUUAGUAAAUUGCAAACGAAGUUAAAGGUUUUAAAAUGUUUUAUUUUAUCCCUGCUGUAUGUAAUUACAUUUGUUGUCAAAUGGUUUCUCUAAGAUCUGUGAUUAAACUAUUUCUUUUUAUUGUA